UCUUCUGCCGCUUUCAUUUCCGUCUUCGUUAAGAUUCAUAUAAAAGAGAAAACAAGGAAAAAUAAAAUCCUAAGGGGUGAAAUUGUAGAGUUUGGAUUUGCAUAUGGAAAUCUAUAAGGAGAAUCCUGUCAGUAAUCAUAGCUAUAACAUGCGGGUUUUGAAUGUGCUGGAGAGGGGGCGUUUAGGUUCGCUGAAAUUUAGCAGAAUCAGAAGCGGUGGCGGCAAUGGCGGCUACGAUGACGAUGCUCUCGUUGAACGGCAAUUGUUGUAUCGGAAGCUUCCUGAUCAGAAUCUUCGCAAUCUCUCCAUUCUGAAGCUCGACGGUUCCCUUUUUGAUGUAAAUGUAGGAAGGAGUGCUACAGUUGCAGAGCUUAAGGUAGCAAUAGAGGAACUUUUUGCAGAAUCGCCAGGGGAAACUCAAUGCUGUAUUUCAUGGUCACAUGUUUGGGGGCACUUUUGCUUGGUUUAUGAAGGUCAGAAGCUGGUUAACAAUAAGGCUUGCAUUAGAAAUUAUGGGAUCAAAGAUGGUGAUCAGCUUGAAUUUGUCAAACACAUGUCUGUCAACCAAUCACCUAUUAAAAGACGUAUAAAACAGCACAGCGUUCACUGCAAAUGCUUGUCACAAAGAUCUAGUUAUGAUGAAGAGAGACAACAGAACCUUGUGAAUAAUCAUAAUGAAGAGGAGGCAACAUCUCUGCCAGAGUUCAAGUUUGCUCACUUCUUGAGACGAUGGCUCUCCCACACAACCUUGUGGGGUUCUUCACGGAUGAGGUUGAAUGAUCGGAGCCAUCCACCACCGAGAUUCAAUAUGUACCGUUGAGGACCAAAAAGAAUC